UGUGUACGUUGUGUUAUCCAAAGUCUCCUGCAGAUGGCGAUGUUACGCUUGGUGACGGCUGUCCUGUCUGGGAAGAGAACACAACGAAGAAGCUCCAUGUUGAUGUCAACAUGAGUGCAGACAACUCGUGUUCGGAUAUUUUAGUUCCUUUAAGAAACCUUUGUAACUCUGUUAAGUGCAUACGAGAUCGAGUAAAAGAUGGAGAAUCUAGCGAGUGCAAUGGUGAUUUUAACACGGCAACUUUCUGGAACACUUUGAUUCAGGCAGUGAAGGCCACAUCCCAGGAGGCAACAAAACUCAGCCUGGCAUUCUCUAAACCACCUGUACCUUCCUCUCAGGAUGCAGAGAAGCUGGCAGAUUCCACCCAGCAGGCGGUGCUGGCGCUCUCUACAGUCUACUACUGGAUACCUAAGACCCAAGGUAUAAUUCUGAGAAGAGCGGUGAGAGAUGCCACUGCAGAUGUGCUUGAGGGAAUGGUCCAGUUGCUCGACGUCAUUCUCAACUCCCCCCUUCAGAGUUUGUCUCCGGAGCAGCUGAUGUCCACAGGAGGAGUCUGGGCAUCAUGUGACCUGUUUGAGCAGCUGCCUAGAGAUAACCGUCUCGCCGUGUUGGCAGUGUUGAACUCUUAUCAGGGCGUGGUGAAAGACGCUAUCGAGGAAAUGGAGCAGGCUCAAGUUGAAAAUCAGGACCCUUUUGGUGACAUCCUCGACGACGAGGAUCUGGACGCGCGCGGCAACCAGGACACAUACUGGAGCGAGGCAGACCGGCAGCUGAUGGCCCCCUGCCAGGGCCUGAUGAAGGCGUCCUUGGCGUGCCUGAAGAAAUUGAGCUCAGCUGUCAGGAACAACGGCAAAGCCGACACCCCCGACAACAUCGCCCAACUGGACGACCUGGCAGACAUCACCCAUGACAUCAGCCCCAGUGUGGAUGACCUGGCCCUCAGUCUAUAUCCCCCCAUGGAUCAUGCAGCAGUGGAACUCAAUGCUUCUAAACUGGCCUUUGUUCUAAAGAAAGUCUUGGAGAUCAUCAGGGCGACCCAUGUCUGCAGCGAGUCUGAUUUGACUUGGGUCCAGUUUCUGGAGGGAGCAGUGGAACACAACCUACAGAAAGCCAGAAGAGCUGCUGAGGGCUCAGACUGAGCUGUGUGAGUGUGUGUGUGUGUGUGUGUGUGUGUGUGUGUGUGUGUGAGUGCAGCGAGUCUGAUGUGACUUGGGUCCAGUUUCUGGAGGGAGCAGUGGAACACAACCUACAGAAAGCCAGAAGAGCUGCUGAGGGCUCAGACUGAGCUGUGUGAGUGUGUGAGUGUGUGAGUGUGUGAGUGUGUGAGUGUGUGAGUGUGUGUGUGUGUGUGUGUGUGUGUGUGUGUGUGUGUGUGUGUGUGUGUGUGUGAGUGCAGCGAGUCUGAUGUGACUUGGGUCCAGUUUCUGGAGGGAGCAGUGGAACACAACCUACAGAAAGCCAGAAGAGCUGCUGAGGGCUCAGCUGUGUGUGUGUGUGCGUGCGUGCAAGUGUGCGUGCGAUUGUGUGUGCAUGCGUGCAUGAGGAUUCAUAUCUGAGCACAGAUGGGCUGUUAUGAACUGUGUGUGUGUGUGCGUGCGUGCAUGUGUGCGUGCGUGUGUGUAUAGUAGGAAUUCAAAUUAAAAACUCAAGCUAAGGCAGA